AUGCAAAAUCUGCUGUUAAAAAGCUGUCAGUGGAUCGAUAGUCAGCUUGCCGUGGCGUUUACCGACCUUGCAGUGUAUGGAAAGGAUGGAAGACUCUUAGCAGGCCUGCUUAGGGAAUACACCCAAGCUGUACAAGACUAUGAGUACAUGACGAAAGUCUCCCAACAGCCAUUCGAUUUCUUCGUCGCGUCGAGUGAACGAUACCAAGACAGCUACGUUCUCGACAAGGUGAUGCGGAAGAAUGGAGUAGGGGCUAGACAGUUCGCCGAUCCGCCGCGCAUGACGUACGAGUCCAUGAAGCUCCAUGCUUUGCCCACCGUUCCCUGGGGCAAUGAGAAGAACCCAGAGCCUCUUGGCGGAACGAGAAACGCAUCGGCCAAGGCAGUGCUUCGUCGCAACUUCUGGUGGAAGAUCAUGGGCGCAGUGAUUGGAGGGGCUUUCCUUGUCGGUCCUAUGUGGUUGCUAGUACUGCAGCGAGACUUGUAUCUCAACCUCGGAGUUGCUACGGCGUUUACAUUUGCGUUUGGGUUCCUCAUUGUUGGCUGUGUUGAUCAGCUGGACCAAGUCUUUGCAUCCACUCUUGCGUAUGCUGCGGUUCUCAUGGUGUCCGUCGGAGUUAUGUUUGAUAAGCAAUUCCCAGAAGGCGUGUAG